CCGCACUGACCAAAUGCACCACACUCCAAACCUUCGACGAAAUAGUGGUCCUUGCAGAGCUCAGUACGGCCAACCCAUGGGCGCCGACGACAACCACCGCCCGCAUCCCAAGGCACAGGACCCGCCGAUCCCGCUCGAAGAUGGUCCCCUCCAUGCUCACUGGGAUCUUAUCCCGCAGCGUCCGCACGUCGCCGGGCAGCAGGUGACCGAGCCGUCGAGCUACGUCGUCGCGGGCAAGAUACUGCUCGCCACGGCGGGGAUGUUCUCGGGCGUGCUCCUGGCGCUCAUCGCGCUUCACCUCUACAACAGUUCACGGCGCCGGCGCCUCAGCGGCGGCCGGCGCAGGCUGCUCCGGAGCCUGGCCAUCGCCGGCGCUGGCGAUGACAGCCGGGACGGCGGCGGCGCGGCGGCAUCGUCGCCCCGCGGGCUCGAGCCCGCGGUGCUCCGCGCGCUGCCGGUGGUCACCGCGGGCGCCGGGGACGGGGACUGCGCGGUCUGCCUCGCGGAGCUCGAGCCCGGGGAGAAGGCGCGCGCGCUGCCGCGGUGCGGGCACCGUUUCCACGUGGAGUGCAUCGACGCCUGGUUCCGGGGGAACGCCACGUGCCCGCUCUGCCGCGCCGACGUCGAGGCACCGGACCCGGCCGCCGCCGCUGCCGUGGAGGCACAAGCACAACCGGAGGUGCGCAUAGACGUCGGCGGGGUCGACGCCACGGCGGCAGCCAAGGCAUCGAUGGCGCCGGCGAUGGGGAGGCUAGCGAGCGGCACGAAUCUUGACAAGACGAGGCGGGUCUUUGCUUCGACCCGAUCCGUUUCCUUCUGACAGGCUCGGCUCGGACCGGUACACGGAUCUGCUGAUCCCCGUUGUUUCGGAGUGUUCUGCAGUUCGACUGUACAUAGAUUUGUUUAUGAUUGUCCACUUUGGUUUGAACGAUUUUUGGCACAUGAAUGUUCUGAUAGAAUUUUUAGAUCGAUCUUGAGAAAGUCAUGGGAACAAUUUGGUUCGUGGAACAUCUUAUUAUCACCGCGUUGUGAACUGUGAUUAUCCAGCACAUGACCACAGGAGUUGACCUUGACUGAUAAAGUUGAGUGAAAUGAUGUACGUCGUUAGAGUCCAUCUACUCUAUACAGUAGAAAUCUUUUUUUAGGAAAUAAUAUAAAUUAAAAGUUGAUGAUA